AGUGAUAAAAGUUGUCGAUUUUGCUUGUAAUGUAAGCAAUAUAUAACCUAAGUUCUGACUUUAGUCAGUACCUUUAGAACGUAAACUAAACUUAUUCGUUAAAUACUCAAAGGAGAUCAGUAAAUACAAAAAUGCCCGAUCAUUUAGGAGAAGAUAUGCGAAAAGUGAAAAGCGACGAAGAUAAAGAAGAGAAAGAAAUAAAAUCACUGGAUGAAGGAGAUAUUGCUUUACUUAAAACUUAUGGGCAAGGACAGUAUACUAAAAGUAUUAAAACCGUCGAAGAGGACAUACAAACGAUAAUAAAACGUGUUAAUGAAUUGACAGGAAUCAAAGAAUCUGAUACUGGUUUAGCACCACCAGCUCUUUGGGAUUUAGCUGCAGACAAACAAACCUUACAAAAUGAACAGCCUUUACAAGUGGCUCGUUGUACUAAAAUAAUUAAUGCGGAUUCUGAGGAUCCAAAGUAUAUUAUAAAUGUAAAACAAUUUGCAAAGUUCGUAGUAGAUUUAGCAGAUUCAGUUGCUCCAACUGAUAUUGAAGAGGGUAUGAGAGUAGGGGUGGAUCGUAACAAAUAUCAGAUUCAUAUCCCAUUACCUCCAAAAAUUGAUCCAACUGUAACAAUGAUGCAAGUAGAAGAGAAGCCUGAUGUUACGUAUAGCGACGUCGGUGGUUGCAAGGAACAAAUUGAGAAGCUAAGAGAAGUCGUUGAAACGCCUCUCCUUCAUCCAGAAAAAUUCGUUAAUUUGGGCAUUGAGCCACCUAAAGGUGUACUGUUGUUUGGUCCACCAGGCACAGGUAAAACCUUGUGUGCUAGAGCUGUAGCAAAUAGAACGGAUGCUUGUUUCAUCCGAGUUAUUGGUUCCGAAUUAGUUCAAAAAUACGUUGGUGAGGGUGCGCGUAUGGUAAGAGAAUUGUUUGAAAUGGCACGUAGCAAAAAGGCAUGUUUAAUAUUUUUCGAUGAAAUCGACGCCAUUGGAGGAGCUCGUUUCGACGAUGGAGCCGGUGGUGAUAACGAAGUACAACGUACCAUGUUGGAGCUUAUAAAUCAAUUAGACGGUUUCGAUCCAAGGGGUAAUAUCAAGGUUUUGAUGGCAACGAAUAGACCGGAUACACUGGAUCCAGCGUUAAUGAGACCAGGACGUUUGGACAGGAAAGUAGAAUUCGGUCUACCGGACUUGGAAGGACGAACACAUAUUUUCAAAAUUCACGCACGGUCGAUGAGCGUCGAAAGAGAUAUUAGAUUCGAACUUCUUGCUCGUCUGUGUCCUAACAGUACAGGUGCCGAAAUUCGUUCGGUUUGCACCGAAGCUGGUAUGUUCGCGAUUCGUGCACGUCGUAAAGUAGCGACGGAAAAAGAUUUUCUAGAAGCAGUGAACAAAGUAAUUAAAUCGUACGCUAAAUUCUCUGCAACUCCCAAAUAUAUGACUUACAACUAAGCUUGUUAUAAACUUCAGUAAUUGGUUCCGAAAUAAAUAUUUAUAUAAAUGCCAUAUCAUUGUAUUGCUGGUUGAUAAAAUAAUAAAUUGAAACAUCA